GUGUUCCUCCCCCAACGGUGCAUGGCCAAACUCAGGGAAUAGAAAGUACUCUGACACAACGAGAGAACGAGGAACCGAAAUUAUGAAGGGAAGGGAGACGUGAAGGGCUCUGAGGCAAAGCGAUGAUGAAAACGCGUGGAUGUCGUUUGGAUGUGGAACAGUAUUAUUGGUAGCCCAAGGAAGCAGAGACUGUGAAGGAAAAGUGCAGCUUUCAUUUGUAAAAUCAACAUAUACACGUCAAUAUAGUCGAAACUAUCAGUUGACAAAUUGCUAUCUGGCUGAUUUACUACUUCUCUCCGUGUUUAAUUACUUAAAAUUCAGUAUCUUCUGGUUUUGAGAUCCCAGAUACAAAACGCUGCCGUCUUGCACGUUAGCACAGCGGCGAUUGGGGGACGGAGCUGUGGUAGCGAGGUCUCAACGAUACACACUCAACCGAUUGCGAGUUAGUCUCAGCUGUUCAAUCAUGACGCUUGUUUUACCCAUUCAAUUUCGGCGUGGAUCCGAACAAAAUAAGUAAUUUUGAACGGAUGAUUAAGGAAUGUUGAUGAAAAAUCAGGCAUAUGAAGGGGACUGAUAUAUGCGUAUUUAAAUGUGGUUUCAUUAGGGCACUGUUGGGCCUUUGCAGAGGUUUGCGCUCUCUCAACACCACUUGUCCAAUACAUUAUUUUGUCUUGUGUCCUUUCCAAACAAAGCAGUGUCUGUUUUUGUAGCUGUAACCACUAGCUGCUUUGCUUAGCUUAGCAUAAAGACUGGGCCUUGUUCCGCUCAAUGUGUCACUGGGUCUAUGUCCGUUCCUGUCGAGAGUCGAGCUACUUAAUCCGUUAAUGGUGUCAGAAGUACGAGGGCGUGGACAGUUACACAAACACAAGCCUGCAUUGCUGAUGUUUGCACCUGCCUGCUUCCCUCAAGAGAUUCUGCCGCUGCACACAGAAAACUUCGCUCAGAGCUACACGAGAGCAGUUCAAGUGUUCACAAUGCAGCGCCUGUUGGCAGGGGGAGUUUGAGUUUAAGGGCAGGGCGUGUGUGUGUGUGUGUGUGUGUGUGUGUGUGUGUGUGUGUGUGUGUGUGUGUGUGUGUGUGUGUGUGUGUGUGUGUGUGUGUGUGUGUGUGUGUGUGUGUGUGUGUGUGUGUGUGUGUGUGUGUGAUGAACAGGAGAACACGCCUGCUGCAGCCCUGCAGCUAUGGAAUUCCUACGCAGAGACAACUUGUCUCAGCCUGGCCAGCCAUCUCCCAACACACACACAUAUACAUGUAGAGAGGGAGAGAGAGAGGGAGAGAGAGACUAUGAAAAUGCACAUUAAGGCUGGACUGGGACUAAUUUUAUCCAGCCAGGGCAAGAACACACUUGUCCCAUCCAAGCUCACUGAGGAAUGAGGCAGCCUGCUACGACCUGCCCUGAGAAUGGUGAAAAGACCGAGUGAGCGACAGAGAGAGCGAGAGGGGGGAGGAUACAGUGAGAGCUAAGCAGAUAAAUGAGCUAUAGUAAAGAAGCUGCACACACUCCCUGGGAACACGGCAGUUUUAUUGAUCGUUUACCUGGUCUCCUGUGAGACGCAGAAGAGGCGACAAACAGGUGUACGUGUGUGUAAAUGUGUGACAGCGGAGUGUGUGAGGACAAGCCCCCCGCCCCCCCUGUCAGGAUGAGCAGCCAAGGAGGAGGAGCCAAGGACCCCCAGUCAGCCAAUCACAGCUCUCGGCCUUUGCCGUCUGUGCCGGAGGAGAGGAAGUCCAGAAACAAGAUCAUCUCUAUGUUUGCCUCAGAGAAAGGAGGUAGGAAGAAGGACAAGGACAAGGACAGACCUGAGAUCUCCUCCCCAUCGGACUUUGAACACACCAUUCAUGUGGGUUUUGAUGCUGUCACUGGAGAGUUCACUGGCAUGCCAGAGCAGUGGGCCCGUCUCCUUCAGACCUCAAAUAUCAGUAAAUCAGAACAGAAACAAAAUCCUCAGGCUGUCCUCGACAUCCUCAAGUUCUAUGACUCCACCAGUGGAAAACAGAAAUACCUCAGUUUUUCCGCCUCGGAUAAAGACUCACAGUCGCCGGGCAAGCAGGGUACGGCGACCUCCCCGUCGGGUGGCAAGGGCGGCGACGAUGAUGACGACGACGAUACGCCACCUCCAAUUGUGGCCCCACGACCAGAACACACAAAAUCAGUGUACACGAAGUCGGUGAUAGAUCCACUCCCAGCUCCAGAGGGUGACGCCGCCUCUAAGGCCGCUGACAGGCAGAAAAAGAAGGGAGGCAAAAUGACUGAUGAGGAGAUCAUGGAGAAACUAAGAACCAUUGUCAGUAUCGGAGAUCCUAAGAAGAAAUACACUCGCUAUGAGAAGAUCGGCCAGGGGGCGUCGGGCACAGUUUACACGGCCAUCGAUGUCGCCACAGGACAAGAGGUGGCCAUCAAACAGAUCAACUUGCAGAAGCAGCCGAAGAAAGAGCUCAUUAUCAACGAGAUCCUGGUCAUGAAGGAGAUGAAGAACCCCAACAUCGUCAAUUUCGUAGAUAGUUUCCUGGUGGGGGACGAGCUUUUCGUGGUGAUGGAGUACCUGGCUGGUGGCUCGCUAACCGAUGUUGUGACGGAGACGUGCAUGGACGAGGCUCAGAUCGCCGCUGUCUGCAGAGAGGUCAUCCAGGCUCUUAAGUUUCUUCACGCCAACCAGGUCAUCCACAGAGACAUCAAGAGUGACAACGUGCUGCUGGGAAUGGACGGAUCAGUCAAACUCACUGACUUCGGCUUCUGCGCCCAGAUCACUCCAGAGCAGAGCAAACGCAGCACCAUGGUGGGGACUCCAUACUGGAUGGCGCCGGAGGUGGUGACCAGGAAAGCCUACGGACCUAAAGUGGACAUUUGGUCUUUGGGGAUUAUGGCCAUAGAGAUGGUGGAGGGAGAGCCUCCGUAUCUCAACGAGAACCCUCUCAGAGCGUUGUAUUUAAUCGCCACCAACGGGACCCCCGAGCUGCAGAGUCCAGAGAAGCUGUCUCCUGUCUUCAGGUCCUUCCUGUCGCGCUGCCUAGAGAUGGACGUGGAGAAACGAGGCUCAGGCAGAGAACUGCUGCAGCAUCCAUUCCUGAAGCUGGCCAAGCCUCUGUCCAGCCUCACCCCGCUCAUCCUGGCAGCCAAGGAGGCCAUGAGGAGCAACCGCUAAAUCCCAGGCUCUAAAGACGAUACCUAACUAACACCAGUAACAUCCAAACAAACCAGCCAGCAUCCUCUACUGGUUUACGUAUGAUGAUCGUCAGUAAAGUGCAUCUCCACUCUCACCAGUCUUUCUGCGCCGAAGCCAUAUCUCUCUUACCCUUGUGCCUCGUUCCAAUAGCUACAUGCAGCCGUGCCGAAUUCCAUAAUCGUUGCAGUCGUAGCAUCCAACACCCGUAUCUCACGGAAAGUUAAACCAUUCCUGUAAAGAGGUGGGACUCCAACGUUAUAGUUUUUAGUCUGGUUUUAUACAUGAAACUUUUGAAUGUUAUUCGGUGGUAGAUGGAAAAUGUCCUUAUACCUUCAACCUUCUAGGGGCAGUUUAGAACCCAAAACAUGCCUCUGCAAUCAAACUCUCUGUGGGGUCUUUUAGAAACUUCACAAGCCCAUCAUGAUGUUUAUACUUCCAUGCAAUGUUUUGUCUUCAUCUCUGCCUUAUGCAAUAGAUGCCUUAGUGUGUGUAUGUGUGUGUGUGUGUAUGUCGUACCAGAAAAAUACUGUUUGAAAUUAUCUGUUGAACUGGAGGAAGACUUUGCAGGGGGGGGGUUUUGUACAUUAUAAAUUGGUAGUUUCCUUUAUUUUUUAAACGUCUUUUAAGAAGUAUGUAUAUCAUAGUUUUUUAUUUGGGACUAACACAACAGAAGAUGUUUUUUUUGUUUUUUUGUACCAAUUCAUUCUUACUUCCCUGAACGGUGCACUUAUGCACUCCAGACCCUAAAAUUGUCAUUAUAAGCCUUUGGAAAUUGAGCCAGACCUGAAUCAAUCAGUUUUAAAUAUGAUUUUAUUCAACGUUUGCUUUAUACCUCGUUUUUUCUGCAAGUUUAGAUAAUCAGUGGAAAAAAAAUCUAACAUGUACCUUUUAAAGAACCAGUGUGCAGGUUUAAGUUGGAUCUAUUGAGCACCACUACAUUGAACACCACCUCAAACUAAGAAUUGUUUUAGUUUUGUUAGCGUAGCACGAGCUCUUUAAAGGGUUUGAAAGUCCUCUUCCAUUGAGCCUACCAUGUUCCCAAAAGGUAGUAGCCCAUUUUUUAUGUCACCAUAGUUUAGGGUGAGUGGAGGCGUCUUCAGUUGUUUGCAAUCUGCCUUCUCACCACUAGAGGCCACUAAAUCCUGGUUCACUGGUCCUUUAAAAGAUGCACGAUGCAGUAAAAACCCACUCAUGUGGUGGACACAAACACUCGGUGCUUGCUACUAUCCACGGGCUGGAAUCCACUGUUAUGUGGCCUUUGACUAGAACACGUUCCAUUUAUACCGUAUGUGUGAUAUGAAUGAUUGAAGAAUUUAAAAGGAAUGCAUCAAGGUUCACCAUGAAAACACAACUCUUCUAUUGUCAAAUAAAAUCCAAACAUGUAAAUUAUUAAUAAAGGCGGACCUGAAUAGA